AUAUGUUUAUUUGCUAUCUAAAAUGAAUUAAACACUUGGCUGACUGGAAUGUUACAUAAUCUUAGUCUCUUAAUUGCUGGUUUGAGCACGUGUUUGUUCGCCUGUGGUUGUGAUGAAUUAAUUUAGGUGAUUCUUUUUUUUAGUGCUAAGAAAAAAAAACAUUUUGAUAUCUGAUGCAUCCUAUCAAUAUGCGUCCAACGCUGUUUAGAAGCCCCUUGCACUUUGUUGUAAACUGUAAUAGUUAUGUACUCUAUAUGUGGAUAGUUACAGUGUUGAUCCUUGAAACACAAUGAAUGGGUUGGACAUUUCAGGUUCCAAAUACUAAAGAUGCAGGCUAAGGCGUUACCGAGGAAUAUGUUGUCUGUUCGAAAUCAAACUUAAUGUACAGAUAUUAGUUGUGAAUGUUUUAUACAUUAAUUGAGCAAUGGGUUUUAAGUAGGCAGAUGACGCCAAGACUGACAUAUCGCAAGGUUAAGUUUUGUUUGACUGCCUGUUAAAGACUAAGUGACCGUUAUUUUGCCAUGAUGACAGUAUACUGUUUGACAACUGCAGCACGGUAUCGUCUCCAGCUGUAAAUAUGGGUAAAUCUGUCCCUUCCAAAAAAAACAAAAAACAAAACCCUGCACCCAUUGCCUAAAGGUGUAGAAGUAAAUGAAAGGGAUUUUCAUCACACAUGGGCUGUUGAAUUUCUAUCUGAUAGUGAUGUUCUUAGAAGGGGAGUUAUUGCAUCUCAUUUGGAUAAUUUAAGUGUAAAACCCUCUCAAGGGCCCCAUAUGUUUUGCAGCUGAAGUUAAUCAUGUAAGGAGAAAGUAAAUUGGUGAUUACAUUUUUUUGGUUUCUUUCUACCCAUCCUCUCACAGUAGUACCUAUGUCCAAGCAAAGAAGUGUGAUUUUGGCUGUAGGGCAAAAAUAUCUUCUUUAAAUGUUGUGUUAUUGGGAAAUCAAUAAUCUAUUUUUUAUUCUAUAAUUCCUGCUUGGCCGUCCGAAACAAUUGCCAUAGCCGAGGUCUACGUAGAUAUCGUUCAACCAUAGACUUCAUUAUCAGUUGAUGAGACUCGGGGCCGGUCCAUAGGGGGCCUAUUUAAAAAAACAACAACUUAAAAUUCAAAUAUAUUCAAUUCACAUAGCGACCUAAAACCAAAACAGGCACUUCCCUUAGACUUAAAUGAGUCUCCAUGAGCAGCGGCUUAAAAAACGCUCGAUGCACAAAAAUCACCAAAUGGAGGGAUAAUCCCCUAUAUUUUCAGAUCAAAAGCAAUAUUUAACGUAUAUAAGUUUUUGCCCGUAAUAGCAACUUCAAAUUUUAUUUUAUUUAGUGCAAUUUUGACGUAAGUUGUCAACAGCUAGUAAAUCAGUCAAUUUUCACAUCAGAAACUGACUACUUGAGAAAAGCAUGCAGAAUCAUCUUAAUUUUAUUCAACAAAAGCAAAACUGGCAUUUUUCUACAUACAAUGACAACUUAUUGAACUUACUGAAAUCCAAUGUCACAAUUGCCUCAGCACGUUUUGUCAGCUAUCUGGCCCUCGUCUUUCAACAAUCAGAUAGCCUCUUGGCCUAUGACUUGUGGGCCCCGGUCAGCUUCCUGGACUUGUUCCUGUCCCUCACUGUCUCCUGAUGGUAAAGUCUAUGGUUCAACUUCCUAUAGUCCAUUGUUUUGUUCCUUUUUUUACUCAAGUAGAAGGGACUGGACAAAGAGAGACUUUGUUGUGCUCCAUUUUGCCUCUAACCAAUAACCUUUGCAAAUAAAUGAUACAUUUUUACAAUAAUUGAAUCGAUUGUUUCGAAUUCUGUCAGCCAAAAAAACAUUCUUGAAAUGCAGCGUACGUGCAAGUUCCAAGCUAUUAACAAACUGGUGCUUGACUGCAAAGGCUGAAAGUAGGGGUUUUCCUCCAAGGGACAGACAACACAUUAUGUGCAUCCCAUCAGAAAGAAUGUUUUAAUUGAAAAUCAUAGAAGGUUUCUGACUGAUGUGUAUUAGUAGAGAAAAUGUUAAUAAAAACUAGUAUUUCCCAGAAGUGGUCAGUCAUUUGUGAAGGCAGUCGACCAGUCUACCAGUUGAUCGUAAUGCUGGUGUAGGUAGAUUGCGACAUCAAAAAAAAAAAAAAAAAAAAAAAAUCAGAUACAUAGUUACAUAAUUUAUUAUGUUGUGUGUGCAACAUAAGUGUUAUUAAACAUACAUCAAUGUUUUAUUUGAAUAAUCCUAAAUAUAUUUCUCAAAAAUUUGUGUAUAUAAUCUGUAUGUCAAUAUAAUUCAAGUUAUGUUCAAAUAUUGCAAUUUAAAUUUGCUAAUAAAAUCGAGACAUUUUAUUGGGAAGUUCUGGAAGUGAUCGUUUCACUGGGUCUCCCACUUUUGACCAAUAGAAUGACGCUUUCUUCAUACAAAGCCCACCUUCCUCUCCCUCUGAUUGGCCAGCGCCGCGUUCCAUUAUUCUUCAUCCGCUUGUCCCCUUCCUCCAUGGAACUAGGUAACUCCUGAGAGAAAGGGAAAAGCUUAUUAUUCCUUAUCAUUUGUCGUCAAGACACGUUAUCUACUUCCUGGAUAGAUCACUUUGACUUGGUCAUUUCAUUCGUUUAAAAAAAUAAAAUAAAAUAAAAAAGGGGAAUAAAAACAUUUCCCUGUUUCCAAUAAUGUGUAUGUUCCCACUAACUUCAGUAAAAUAUGCACUGUCUUGCUUUUCUGUUGUCAAGAGUUGUAAAAGUCACAAAAUCCAUGGCUAUUUACAACCCAUAAGUUCAUCACCUUUUUGGGGGGAUUGCAGCAGACUUUGCAUAGUACACUCAUCGGUUUUUUGGGUGGUGCUCGACUCACCGGCCUCCAUUGUUUGGUCUGUGAAAUAUCAUUAAUGGGAAUAGAAUAGGGAGAACAUGUUUUUUGUAUGGCCAGAGUUUGACCUUUUACAUUGUACUACCACUAAACUAUACGACUGUGUUUCAUGGCAGAAUUUCUUGAUAGCAAGUGACUGCUUUUCAAAAAAUAAUGGGUGCCAAUGCCUUUCAAGUAUUGAUACCGCCCGUGUUUAGGUUUCCCAUCAUUCAUUAAGAAAAUUGUUCUCUUGAAAAAAAAAUGCUAAAUACUAUAGGUCUCACCUGAUGUUUCAUCAUCACUGGCAGCUGACUUUUAACAUUUUAUAGUGUACGUAGUGAACUAUUUUUGGUGAUUAAAAAAACAAACAAACUUGCCCUCAUAAAAACCUGGUGAUCACACGUGUGGACAUCAGAGUUAUGUGGGUCAUGUCGGUCACAAUAACAUUAACAUUUGGUACUCACUAAUGGCCCCCAAUAACAAAUUGAAGAUAUACUGUAUUUAAGUCUUUUAACUAAUUGCCGUCAAUUUUUAGCAAUAGACAUCCAUUUGAGUGUAUCCCCCAGAAAACUUGCAAAGCCUCGAUACAGCUCUGGGUAGGAAACCCUACAUUUAAACUGUAAUCACUGGCUGACUGUGAAUGCUCAUUUUUCAGUGCAAGGUGCUAGAUGUCCAAUCCAUUUUAAUCGCUGCCAGCAUCUUCCAGUCAAAAUGGAUUAGACGUCUAACACCUUCAAUGGCAUUGUCCUAUCGAAUACGACUGGACAAAAAUACACAUGCGUCAUCCAUUCUUUAUUCCUGCGGCAUCAAUUAAUAGCCAGUCACAAGGUUUAGAGCAUAGAAGUUUAAAUAGCACAACCUGGUUCACAAUAGCCUUCCAUUAAUAAGCAGCAACUGCAAUGAAAGGAAAUCAGACCAGUACAGACAGUAACAUACGGUGUCAUAUAGCAGGAGUCUUUCCACAGUCAAAUCAGGUCGCCCUUGCUCGUAUUUUCUAUUUUCUGUUGGAGGGCAGAUAAUGUUACAGAUUUACAACUUUUAUUUUUGCUGUUGGCAAAUUCAUAUCAGUGAAAAACCAUUAAAUGACAGGACCAACCACAUUUUUUAACGUUAAGAUGUAUUUCAAGUCAUUCCUUCGAUUUCCUGUAAUUCAAUAGCAGCUGGUAAAAAUAUUUGUGGGGGCACCGAGUGGUAGAAAGAUUAGAAGCCUAGCCGCAGCAGGAAGUAGAGUCUUGAGUGAGAAGCCAGAGGCAGAUGUAACAGUUUACCAGCACUUCAGUUUGAGAUGCAACACAGAAGGGUCCCGUGUAGUUUUUAGUUUCAGUCUUCAACUUGAGUGAAGCGAUAAGACAAGACAGGAGCUUUGUCACACUAAACAGGACGGAACCUGGGGUCAACUGAACUAGCUGAUUGAUUAAGCUUACAUAUUAAUCAAGUCCUCAAAUUCUGACCAUGAUUUUCCUUUCCAUAUGCGGCUGAACCCCUGGGAUUGCUGUUUGUGUGUAUGGGUCAUAUUUCCAAACAGAAUCACUGACCUCCUGUGACUAAAAGUUGAGAUCAGCCUUGAGUGGAAUGUAGGAUGUCACCAGUGCUAUUUUGGCUAUGUACACCCACUAAUGAUUGUGAUCGCAAAGCGGAGAGCCAUUUUCAACCGCCAGCUUUUAUCAUGCAGCACUCCUCAGUGCUGCAGGGAUUAGAGAGUUAAACGUAUGGCAAACCGGCUCCGUUUGGACUUCGCGUCAAGGAGAAGCCACACCGACCCGCUGUCAGACUGUUUCAGCAACCAUGGUGAGGAGAGCGGAGUCAUUUUGUCAGCUGGUACCCCCAAAGAGAGUCUGGCGCACAGUUCUCUACACUUCAAGGUGACUUCGCUGUCACCGGACUAUGGAAAUUUCCAAAGAUAUUCUUCAGUUUUAAUACCAAGGGUUAACAAAGGGGCAUGUAGCCAAAAAAGUGUCGUGCAGAUCUCAUUACAGCCCUGUGGUAUGCUCAGUGGAGACCUGGAUGGAGAUCCUGGUAGCAGUGAAGCUGGAGCUGUGGCAGGCUCUGAUGGAGGUUCGUGUAGCAGCAGUAUGGCCAGCGAUGCCGGGUACUGGAGUAGCAACAGUAUAUUUGAACCAGAGACCCCAGAGAAGCACAGGAACACCCAAGAGAAGAGCGUGCUCUGCCGCAAGUCCAAGGUCCCCUUGAGACGUUGUUCCUCCUUGGUUAUAUUUCCAAAGAGUCCUUGCAGCACGCCGCCGUCUUCUCCGGUAAACCCUGUCGCGAGAGGACCUUUCCAGGGCCUUAUCGCUGAUUCUUCAUGGAAUGAUGAGGAAUUAAUCUGGAAGGAUUCUGCCACAUCUGCAAGUGGCCAACAUUGUCUCAAAGGAAACUCUUCAUCUGAUUGUCGGGACACCAAACAUAUGGUACACUUCAAUAUUCCUCUCCAAGACAAACCUAAAUGCAAAGCGGCGGACGUUAGUCGCUCAAGAAGUGUUCUGCUACACUUUGCCCAGAAACCAGUUACGACUGGGAAAUUGACUGAAGUCCAUGCGGAAUAUCCCGACACUCCCUACCCAGUUAUAGAUCCUGAGACUAAAUGUGACCCUAAGAAAAAACUGUACCGUAGUACUUCAGCUUGUUUGUUUUCAUCCGUGAAACCAUCAGAGGAAAAGCACUGUGCCUCAGAAAAAGGGCAGGGAAGGUUAGAGGAAAACCAUUGUCAUCGCGCCAUACAACGGAGCUUUUCUUUGGAAGUGCCCUAUGCAAACACUGGGAUUUCCUGUCAUGUUUCCAACACAAAACUCGGGAGUACAUACUCUCCACACGUGCAUAUUCAUCUGUCUCCAUGCUGUCCAACUAAGUUGCCAAACUUACCUAAUGAUGCAGAGAAAAGCAGGGAUGGGAACAGUACUACAAAUAACUUAAGUUUAAGUGCUAAGGUGAGUUUCUUUGAUUGACAUUGACUGAUGCUGUAUGAAACCUGGGCUAAAAAUGUUCAAAAAAUUUUAGCGCUUUAAUGGCGAGCAGGUCAUCAUGUUGUUUUUUUCCAAACUGCCAGAUAACAAAGUUUCAUUUAGGUAAAAUGUUGUUAAACCGGUAGAAGAAGAUUCUGACAACUUCAAGAGACAGUUUUUCAAAUGAGUCUGACUUAGGGCGUGAGUCAUGCAAAACAAUUUGUGCAUCAGCAAAGUACUGUGCUCGUCUCAAACCUAUUAUGCUUAGUCAUUGUUCAGGGAUAGUCUUUUUUUUUUUGUCAGACGCGUGAAUGGCUUUCUGCAAUUAAUAUAAAAUGUUAAUUCCUAUCUAUUCCACUAGCUUUAUCCUUAAAAACCCUUAAUUCUCAAAGUAAUAUCAACUUAUAGCAGCUAAGAGAGAUAAUGAAGGAGAAGACAACACCUUUAUCAUAUGCGUACAAACAGAACGAACAUUGUAUAAUGAAUUGGAAGAAAAAAUGGAAUGUCAUUGUUAUGUAAUAGUUGAGGAAAAACGUAAAUAAAAGACUGUAUGUCUCAGAAAUAGCUGCGUUCAAUGGGGGCAGACAUUUUGUCAAUGCCGGUAUUGUUUCAGCCAAUCAAAUGUGAGUAUCAGAAAUUGCUUCUCAUGACCUCAGUAAAACCCAUUGUCCCAUGCGGCUAUAGACCCUACUCACAUGACGUCACAACCACGCCUCUGCGCCAUAUUGUCCGUCAACUCGUCGUGUUGACGCAUUACCGCUACGUAAAUUCCUCCUAUUAUGGCGUGUUUUUCUGCUCGUUAACAUUAAUAAUCAAAAUGGUGAAGGCGUGUGUGGUUGUUGGUUGCAAUAACAGAGAAGAUAGACGGAGAGACUUGAAGUUCUACCGUAUUCCGAGAGACCCGGAGAGGAGAGCGAGAUGGACUGCUGCAAUUCGACGAGAAAACUGGGCUCCAAACGAUUACCACAGAUUAUGUAGUAGUCAUUUAAUAUCUGGUAAGAUGCAUUUAAUAUAUAUUUAGAGGGUUUUGGGCUGACAACCACAAUUAAGAUCAUUGCGAGGCUAAUCGCCGACAACAUACAGUUUCAAAUUCAAGAUGCUUAUUUCUUCCACCAUCAUUAUAUUUUGAAUAAUAUUUAGCUGGUACCAAGUGAAAGAAGCUGGCCUCGUCUACGGAUCAUCACUUAAACAGGUGUGUCCAAACCUUUUGCAAAGGGGGCCAGAUUUGGUGUGGUAAAAAUGUGGGGGGCUACCUUGGCUGAUUUACGUAGAACAAUAUAUUUAAACAAAUUUUAGCAAGCCCUUCUGUGUGUCACAUUUGCUUUAUUAUUUUUUUUAAUUCAUAAUUUCAACAGUCUCGUCUUUGUGGCGUUCUCUUUCGACACUCGGGCUCUUGCGAAAUACUGCUGCGGUGACAUUAAACUAGCUUCAAGUUGCUAUAAUUUCUCGCUGCGUAUCUUCCCUGUAAUGUUGUCUUACAUGUCAGCGUGUCUUGUUCGGUAAUAUCAUUAUCGCGUCACAUCAAACUCUUUGAAAACUGCGACUGUCUCUUUGCAAAUGAGGCAGACACAGUUGUUGCGUGUUUUAUUGAAGAAAUAGUCCAAUAUCCACCUAUCCUUGAAGCAUCGGCCAUCGCAGUCAACUUUUUUUUAUUUUUAUUGAUUGUCGCCAGACUUUCAAACUUUCGUGAGAAUAUGCUGAUUUUGUGUGGAUAAGAUAGUUGUAGAUAUCAGGGUAGCAGAUGUCAGACAGAGAGGGCGAAGACAGCGGGCGAAAAAUAUCGAUUUAGGCAUCAAAUAUGGAUCUGGCGAAUGGAUAGACUGAAGCUUUUCCACAUAACGCCUUUUAUGCAACGCAUCCAAUGAGUUUACAGCGUCUGAAAGCACCGGGGCUUCCAUGAAUUGCACUAUAAAUUGCACGACAAAUUGAAACCAUUGAGAAUACAGAUAAACAAUGACGGACAAUAUGGCGGCCUGAUACAGCGACACGUCAUUCUGUGACGUUGGUGAGUAGGGUCUAUAGAGACUUACGUAACAAUGUUUACACUCAAGUCAUCACUUUAACCCAUUGCUUGCCAUUGACACAGAUAGACAUCCAAUUUAUUUAAACUGGGAGGACUGGCUGUGAAUGCUCAUCUUUCAGUGCCAAUGAAGGUGAUUGAUGUCCAAUCCAUUUUAAUGGCCAGGUUGCGAUUGGGCAUUGCCAGCCAGUAAGUUCAUAAGGCAGUAUAAUUUUUCGUGGUUAACUAUUGUUUUCUUCAUUAUAAGAGGUCGAAAAGAUUUUACAAUUUGCACUCUUAAAUACCUUACACAAUUGUCUUUCAUAUGCCUUUCCCUUUAAAUCAUGGCUAAUGCUGUAGUUAAAUAAUACAGUUAACCAACCUGUUGCUUACAGACCCAUGUAAAUAUUAAAUUUCAUGACAGUAAACAUGUUUGUUGUUUGAGAAAGGAAAAUCCUCUACAAUUGAAUCCCUCAUGGCUGAAAUUCAUGAUCUUUAAGCGGAAGCUCAGUUUAAUAUCACUAACUGUACCAUAUACCAUUAUUCUCUUUGCACUAUGAGUAAUCUCGUUAAGUAUUUACCCAAGCUAAUAUUAGUGGUGAGAAAAGCACUGCCCCUUUGCAGAUAUAAAUAAAGUGCUUCUGAAAUAUUCCCCGUGACUCCAGAGAGUCUGGUGCUGUGUAGCACUGCUCAGUCCCGUGGAUUCAAAUUUAACAGCAUGAUACUAGAGCAGAGCGCAGUCAUGCCAGCCGUGUCUGGAAAUGGGGUGGGCUGAUGUUGGUGGGUGUCAACGUUGGCUGGGUGGUAGUGCGAAACUUUCUCUCUAAAAGCAUGGUGAGCCCCCUCCUUUGCAGGU